GCCGGCGGCGGGGCUCAGUCUCUGACGCCGGGCCGGAGGUGCAUCGUCGGUCUUUCCGAGGUACAAGGCGACCUGAGGUCAAAUGAAGUCAAAAUGACACCAUGGACCGGGCCUUCUGGGAGCAGCGCCUCAAACUUUGGACAGAGCAACGUUCAGUACUAAAGAGGCGGCCUCGCGUGUCAUCCCACUUCAUGGAGAAGUAUGAGAAGCUGGGUAAGAUCGGCGAGGGUUCGUACGGCGCGGUCUACAAGUGCCGCAACACCGAAACCGGUCAGCUGGUCGCCAUCAAAAAGUUCAUGGAGUCCGAAGAGGACCCGCUCAUACGUAAAAUCGCCCUUAGAGAAAUUCGCAUGCUGAAGCAACUGAAGCAUCCAAACCUGGUGAACUUAAUAGAAGUUUUUCGAAGGAAAAAGAAGUUACAUCUAGUCUUCGAAUUUUGUGACCACACCGUGCUUAGUGAGCUUGAGAAGCAUCCAAAAGGCGUGCCGGAGGAGCUGACGAAGCGGAUCACGUGGCAGAUGCUGCAGGCCAUCAGCUAUUGCCACGCCAACAACUGCAUCCAUCGAGACGUCAAGCCUGAGAACCUGCUACUCACCAAGAACCAGGUCCUCAAGCUCUGCGACUUCGGCUUCGCCCGCAACAUGAGCCCCGGAGAGCCAUACACGGAUUACGUGGCCACGCGCUGGUACCGGGCGCCCGAACUGCUCGUGGGAGACACGCAGUACGGGCCGCCCGUCGACGUCUGGGCCGUGGGCUGCGUGUUCGCCGAGCUCGUCAAGGGCGACGCCCUCUGGCCGGGCAAAUCGGACGUUGAUCAGCUCUACCUCAUCCGAAAAACGCUAGGCGACCUGACGUCACGGCACAUGCAGGUGUUCAAGUCCAACGAGUUCUUCUGCGGGGUGGCGCUGCCAGAGCCGCAGGAGCAGCAGAGUCUGGAGCAGAAGAUGGGCAAGACCCUGAACAACACCGGCAUGGACUUCCUCAAGAAAUGUCUGGAAAAGGACCCGGCGAAGAGGCUCACGUGCCAACAGCUCCUCCAGCACCCGUACUUUGAUGGGUUCAACUUCAAGUUGCCGCAAGCAGAAAUCGAGGAGUUCGAAAGGAUGAAACGAGUGAGUUCACACGCCAGCUCGACGUCCGGCUCCAUGCUGCUGCCGCACAUCUCGGGCGGCCACUCGGGCUCGCACAGCAGCCCCGAGACGCGCAGUCUGCUGUCGCGCGGCUCGUUCCAGCAUUUCCCGUCCAUCUGAGCCGACGGUGGCGCCGCGCGGCGGCCGACGCCCGACCUACCGGCGCCGGCUGCCUCCCCGCCCGCGACGUUCAGCAGGCGCCGUGUGACCUCGCGGCAGGCCGGCGCGUGGCCUCCCCGGAGACGGCGGGGCGGCUGGGCGGCGACCGGACGCCGUCCUGCUGGGCCCACUUAUCUGCAUCAGCGUGCCACUGGACCUAGUUAUCUCUAUUUUCGUAUGACCUCGCGCCUGGCCGGCCUCGGCCGCGUCAGCGGACGGCGGGAGCCCCCUCCGGGCACUCUCGGCGCGGAGAGAGAGCAGCGCCCGCCCGCCAAACGCCCCACGUCACCAGAUGCGCCCCUCCCCUCCCGCGGGGACGGCCCAGCGCACCCGAGCACCCGUUUGAUGGCGUGCGUGCGCAGUCUGUGAUACGUAGCCGGCCCUGUAGCGGCACCGGGCCGUCGUCAGCCCUCGUGUGUUGUGUGGGACAGGCCGUGACGUGUGUGUAGUGUGGUCGACUCCGGCCUGUCCCAGGAACGGCCGUCUGCAGGACGCCGACCGCUGCCCCCCACGGCCGCCUCCCCGACGGCGCGCCAGCUGCGGCUGCCACGUGUAUGGGCAUUCAUAUGCAUGGGCAUGUAUGUGAAGUAGUCGGUCCGGUUUGAUGACACAAUUCACGAUAUCGUUCCGUUGGCACGAUGCAGUUGGGUGCCGGCCAUGCCACGCAAAAUUACAAAUAAAGAAAUAAAAUACACGGUAAAAUAAAAGU